AUGAGCGCCACAGCACGCGCUGAUGCCGUUGUGAAAAAGAAGACGGCCGCCAACUCUCUCAGCAGCAGCACCAAGCGCAUUCAAAAGGAAUUGGCCGAGAUCAACCUUGACCCCCCUUGCAAUUGCAGUGCUGGACCCAAGGGCGACAACUUGUACGAGUGGGUGUCGACCAUUAUGGGACCCAGUGGAUCGCCCUACGCUGCCGGAGUCUACUUCCUGGACAUUCACUUUCCUCAGGACUACCCCUUCAAGCCCCCAAAGAUUGUGUUCCGCACUCGCAUCUACCACUGCAAUAUCAACAGCCAGGGCCAGAUCUGCCUAGACAUACUGAAGGACAACUGGUCGCCCAUCCUCACCAUCUCCAAGGUUCUCCUCUCCAUCUGCUCUCUCCUUACCGAUGCCAACCCACAUGAUCCUUUGGUCGCAAGUAUCGCACAUCAGUACCUGAACGACAGAGAGGAGCACGACCGCAUCGCAAAAGACUGGGCCAAGCGGUACGGUCAUUGA